AUGGACCUCACAGGCUUCGGAGAUGCUCAACAAGUGGUUGUCUUGUCGUCGCCAAAGAAGGGCACCAAAGCAGCAGCUCCCCUUGCCAUCGCGGACGGUGAUGUAAACGAGAAGCUGGACACGGAAGAGGUAAAGGCCAAGGACGCACAGGACACCACGGACUUGCUCGCGGAGAACCCCGACUUCGAGGUAGGGGCCAAAGACACGCAGGACGCCAAGGACUUGCUCACAGAAAACCCCGACUUGGAGGUAGAGGCCAAAGACCCGGAGGACAAGGAGGCAGACAACACACAGGAAACACAGGCAGAGGACGCGGUGGAAACCAAGGAACAGGACGCCGGCUCGGACUCGGAUUCCUCGUACUCGAGUUCUUCAUCAUCUUCCUGGACAUUGCCAACGGAUUGGGGCUCAUGGACCUCGGAAUGGCACGACGUCUGGCAAGAGGCGCUCUAUCUUCCGGAGCGGUCGGCAGGGGAGAGCCAGGAGAAGGCGGACAUCGCCAUGACUAUGUUGAGGGCUGUGCACCGGGCCAAGCUUCAAUGGGACCGCGCCAACUCAUUCCUCGCUUUGCACACCAUGGAGCACGCAAUCAUCGCGGCGAAGAUGACACACAUCGGGUCUCUCAUCCACAACAUCAACGAUUCAAGGGAGUUCUGCAUUAAAGACCUUCCGCUGAUUGAUGCCCCCAACAACAAGGGCCAAAAGUUCAAGGAGUUCUUCCACAUCGUAGAGGGCGUUUCUGCUGCAGAUUGUGAUUUGAUCCGCAAUAUCUACAACUCGGACCCACUUAAGGUUAACGAGCUACCUGACUCAGUGCGUCCUCGUGAUGCCCUUGGAGACUCCUGCGUAUUGCAAUUGGCCAUAUCUCCUGAGCAGGACGGCACAUACACGGUGCUGAAGUUCUUUCACUCCACCGCCUUCAUUCCUCUGGGACUUGCCAAAGCCUUCUGUGCACAGAAGGUAAGUGUCAUCAACUACCAGGUGGCAAACAACAACGACCACGUCAAGUGCGCUUUCCUCUACAUUCUCCAGCGCCUCCAGGGAGAGCAAUGGUUGACAUUCAUUUCAUUCAACACGCAGCGAGAGUGGAAUUUGCAUAGCAAAGUUGAUGUGGAUUACAGAGAGCAAGUCGCAGCACCGGCCUGGCUGCCAGAUUUGCGAGACGGCUCAUUGGCUCCGAAAGGCGGCAGCCGCCGUUUCCAGAGUCUGAUCUGGGGUCUCCUGGGCCUCCUGUUGUCUGCCCCGGCCUCGCCCCUUCCCUUUUCGCCACUGCUGCUGGGCCUUGGCCAAAAACGUGACCCUCUGCUCCUCCGUCCUGGUGGGUGGUGCUGGGAACUUCUCCUGGAGGACUUUCACGAGGGGCUGGCGCUCCAUCCGAACCGGUUUGAGCCUCAUCUUGACCAACUGGGUGCUGGCGUUGUGUCUGCCAAAGCCAUGAAGAAGGACGACUCGGGUGAUGGCAAAAACUGGGAGCCCAGCGACGAUGAGCUACGCGCAGGUAUCGCCUAUAUCAGUGACUAUGCGCCUCUGUCCAACACCAAGAACGAGCAGUUCUUGUGGUGUCUACUCAAUGUUCGCGACCGCGCUUCUCCCAUCUAUGGCUGGCCCCAUCAUGUUGUCAACAAGGCUUGCAUCAAUCGGACCACAGGCAACUCACAGACUGAUCCAGAAUACUUCUUUCCACUUCUACUACAUGACUUGGACCAAACCUUCUUGGAGAAGGUCGUGCCAAUGGUGAUGCCCACAAUGACUGGGCAUGGGCUUAUCCUCUUGGGCCGUGCAGGUGUCGGGAAAACGCCUACUGCCAUCAUCCUCGCCCUGGCCGUCGCUCGCCACCUCGUGGUGAUUCGUGGUCUUGAUGGCCACAUUCCCGGAUUCAGAAGAUCCAAGCAAAUCGACGGAUUCCGCGAGAGGCCUGGCGAACUACAUGUGCCGGUGCUUCUCGACGAUCCUUUGCUGUGCUCCAUGAAUAUGGAGGAUCUGAAGUCCUUCCUCGACGUGGCAGAGAACACCUUGGUUGAGCCAAACAUUAACAUGGGCGACAAGACCGGCUGGGAGGCCUUCAAAGACAUGUUCAGUCCUGCGGUCAACAAUGCUUUUCUCCCCCACGUGAUGGCCAUUUUGAGGCGAUCCUCGGUGGUCAUUCACCGGUUCGACUCCUGCUCUAUGCUGAAGGAUUGGUUGAAGCCAACCAAUAAGAAGUUCUACAACCUCUACAAGGAAGGCCAGCACGUCAAAUACCCCGGCUAUCAAGAAGCACUUGAAGCUGAAGCCAAUCUGGUAAGUGAGUUGCUUGCCUCUCCUUCCGAGAAGGAGUAUUUGGCCAGAGGACGUUCCCACGAUCAGUGGGCUGAGAGGUACGGCGCGGAACUGACCACACCAAGAAGCAACAUGUCGACGGCAGCCAUCACCACGAGCCCAGCGAUGACAUCGCCGCCGGCUAAGCAACAGAGGAAAACAUACGGGCCGAAUUUUGUUUGGGAUCUCUCUCACAAGUAUAACACAGCCACCCCCAAGAACAUUGAAGAGCUCUGGGCUCUCUUUGUGGGGACGAAGAUUGGCUUUACCGUGGACUACCUGAAGUACCAUAGCUUCCUGGAGUUCUGCGCAUGUGAACUAUGUCCAUUACAGCUACAUCUCAGCAUCAAGAUCGGCGACGAGAUCACACCUCAAGCUCUUCGUGCAUACCAUCAACACCUCCAUCUCAAGGUCUUUCCACCGAACCGCAAGAGUACAGUCAAAGAGCUUGUGGCUGAUGGACAUCAAAAAGCCCACAUCAAAUGCGCAAACUCGCGCAAGCACGCAGGCAAACCUCCCAGUCAUGGUCGCAUCAAGCCGUUUGGCCAUGGCUGGUUCAUGCUGGUCCAUCCUCGGGAUCUACGCAUUCUGGCUUUCAAAUCCAUGUCUGUCCCGGACAACAAUGCGAUACUCCAUGAUUCGCUUCUCGAAAUCUUGCCCUUGUACAAGAACUUGGAUGGCGUAAUCAUGGACCGUGCCUGCGGUUUCUUGCCCACAGCCCAGGCCGACAAGAACUUGAAACAGAUCAAACACUGGAGCAUGGUUGGCUACGAGAUUUACGGGGGCAAACUCCUCAGCGUGUGA